ACAACUCCUGGUCUCUGCUGGACUGUUCUGGAGUGUUGGAGGUCUCUCAAACCUGCAAGGGACAAGUUUAUUCUGGUAAAUGCUGCAGCUUCUUUUUUUAGCCUGUGCUCUGACAACUCUUUCUGUUUCCUCUGUGCAGGAUAUGAAAGCUGGAGGGAACUGGCUAAGGUUCUGGCAGACCCAAAUGUCCCCGCUGGGGACCUAAGCCUCCCGUUUUACUAUUCCCAGAAGAUGGGACAUCAGAACCAAGAGCAUCAAAGAAGUGGGAGGAAUAAAUUGAAUUACACAGCUGUGAACAACCCUGUCCCAUGGAUGCCAGAGUUUCAGGGCCAGGCCAACCUGCAUGUGUUUGAGGACUGGUGUGGCAGCUCCACUGAUCAGCUCAGAAGAAACCACCACUUUCCCCUCUACCCCCACACAAGAACAGUGCUGAAGAAACUGGCUGUGUCCCCAAAAUGGACCAACUAUGGUCUCCGGAUAUUUGGCUACCUGCAUCCUUUCACUGAUGGAGAGUUUCAGUUUGCCAUUGCUGCGGAUGACAAUGCUGAGUUCUGGUUGAGUUCAGAUGAAAAGACCUCUGGUCUCCAGCUGCUGGCCAGUGUGGGCAAGACAGGGAAGGAGUGGACAGCACCGGGGGAGUUUGGAAAAUUUUGGAGUCAGCAAUCAAAGGUGGUGAGGUUGUCAGCUGCAGGCAGGUACUACUUUGAGGUGCUGCACAAGCAGGAUGACAAAGGGACAGACCAUGUGGAAGUAGCAUGGAAACUGAAUGACCCAGAUGCCAAGUUCAAAGUCAUUGACUCCCAGUACCUCUCCCUUUUUGCUAAUGAGACACUGUUAAAGAUGGAUGAGGUUGGGCACAUCCCGCAGACUCUGGCCAGCCGCAAGAGCCGGGCUGCUGAUGGCACGGGCGGCAAGGCACACCCUGCUGACAUGUUGAAGCCUGACCCCCGGGACACUCUUUACAAAGUGCCUCUGCUCAGCAAGUCACGCCUGCGCCGCGCCCUGCCAGACUGUCCAUACAAGCCUAGCUACCUGGUGAAUGGGUUCCCUCUGCAGCGCUACCAGGGCCUCCAGUUUAUUCAUUUAUCCUUCGUUUACCCCAAUGAUUACAGCCGUCUGAGCCAUAUGGAGAAAGAAAACAAAUGCUUCUAUCAGGAAAACCCAUAUUACUUGGAAAGAUUUGGGUUCUACAAGUACAUAAAAAUGGACCGGACAGAGAAGAGCGUGGACUCUGAUGAAAAGACUGAGCAACCAGGCUUUCAGGAGGGGAACCUGGAUGACCUGCAGUAUGGGGAGCAGGAUGUGGAGAGCACUGUCUCCCCAGUGCACCCCAACAUGCGGCGGGCAGAACCAGCAAGUGCUGCUCCCGGCACAGUGAUGGGCAGCGAUCGUGUCUAUGAGGACUAUUCCCUUCGGGAGCAUCGGCGACUCCUCUCUGUUGGUGACACAGGGGAGGUGACACAAAGGAGACGGACAAAAAAGUCUGGUGUCAAAACAGCCCUUCUGGCCCCUGCCAACCAAAGCCUCAGUCAAGCUGGCCCAGAGAGAAACCCGGUGACAAAGAGACCUCACUUAAAAGCUGGAGUCAAAGACAACUCCAGAAGCCCUCCGCAGCAUGCCAGGGCCGCCCAGGGCAGAGCACCUGCCAAAAAAGAGAACCCUCCUUCUAGGAGCAGGUCUCAAAGGGAGCAGCCUCUCAGCAGCCCCAGGGACUCAAGGGUCAGGAAUCCCAAAGGUCUGAGACCUCGAGGAGAGCUCAGCGUCAUGGAGGAUGGCCUGCAGCCAGCAGGCACUAAGCAAGCUAGGAGAGCAGACCCAGCAUCCAGCAAAGCCAGCAGGCACCUCGUGGAUUCUGCUGGCCCCAGCAAGGACCCACCACGGCUGGAGCAGUGGCUAAAUCAGGUGGAGGCCUACGUGGCUGAGCAGAAGAGGGCCACUGGUGGGGACGCAGGCAAGGGAGAGACAGAGGUGGCAUCUCUUGCAAAGGGCAAGUCUAGGCCUGAGAAGGUGGCAGCAGAAGAGGAAGAGGAAGAGGUGGAUGGGGAGCCAGAGGAGGAGGAUGAGGAAGGUUUUGAUUAUGUACCAGUGUUUGACCAGCUGGUGAACUGGGAGCAGACUUUCAGCGCAAGCAACCUGGAUUUUCAUGUGCUGCGCACUGACUGGAUUGACCUGAAGUGCAACACAUCGGGAAACCUGCUGCUGAAAGAGAGGGAAGCCCUGGAAGUCACACGUGUCUUCCUCAAGAAGCUCAACCAAAGGAUUAAAGGGCGGUUCCAGCUACAGCGUAUCGUGAACGUGGAGAAACGCCAGGACCGCAUGCGAGGGAGCCGCUACCUGCUGGAGCUGGAGCUGCUGGAGCAGGGAGAACGUCUCGUCCGCUUCUCCGAGUACAUCUUUGCGCGUGGCUGGCAGGGUGUGGGUGGCGAUGAGCAAGAGGAGAGGAACAUGAGGAACCUGGCUUGGGGUCGCCGGCGGCACCUGAUGGCUGUGGCAAAAGAGCCAGAGUUGUGCUGGCCCCAGGGCUUUUCCUGGAACCACCGUGCUGUGGUUCACUUUGUGGUGCCAGUGAAAAACCAGGCACGGUGGGUGCUGCAGUUCAUCUCUGACAUGGAAGAGCUGUUCCGAGUCACUAAGGAUCCCUACUUCAAUGUCAUCAUCACAGACUACAGCAGCGAUGACAUGAACAUAGAGACUGCUCUGAAAAGGUCUAGCUUGCGCAGCUAUCGGUACUUGAAGCUGAUGGGGAAUUUUGAGCGUUCUGCUGGCCUGCAGGCAGGAAUAGACCUCGUGACGGAUCCACACAGCAUAAUUUUCCUUUGCGACCUCCACAUCCACUUCCCAGCUGGAAUCAUUGACUCAAUCCGGAAGCACUGCGUGGAAGGCAAGAUGGCCUUCGCUCCCAUGGUCAUGAGGCUGCACUGCGGCAUGUCCCCACAGUCACCCGAUGGCUACUGGGAGGUGAAUGGGUUUGGUCUCCUUGGCAUAUACAAGUCUGAUCUGGACAAAAUCGGAGGGAUGAAUACAAAAGAGUUUCGGGACCGCUGGGGAGGAGAAGACUGGGAACUUCUGGACAGGAUCUUACAGGCUGGGCUGGAAGUGGAACGUCUAUCCCUGAGAAACUUUUUUCACUGGUUUCAUUCAAAGCGGGGAAUGUGGAACCGGCGCCAGCUGAAAACAUUGUAGCCUUCACCUCCAGAGAUGCUCGGCAGCACCAUCCACCAUCUUGCCUUGAUGUGCACUUUAUCAAGGCACACAGCCAAGUGCAUAAACUCUGCCUCCACUGAGACAGAAGAAGGAACUGUCGGGCUAGAAGAGUGGGAGCUUCUCUUGUGAAUCAUUGCAUCCAGCAUGGGAUCCGUGUCCUUCUGGGAAGUUGUAUGAGGGAGCUGUCGCACAGUGAAGGAUUUGUAUUUCCUGCCAUGCAGUCUGGUGGAUGGUACAGUGGGAGAGGUGCCAUAUUUCCUGUUGAGUCUUGUGUGAUGCAAAUCAAACAAAAAUCCCAGCUAAGCCCAGAAUGUUUUACAGGAAUGCACCUUCUCUUUCAAUACUUGAAGAAAAAGAGGAAAAACAAACAAACAAAAACCUCUCCUUCCCUCCCAACCCCUUCCCCAUCUCUCUGGUAUCAAUGCUUUCGAACAGGGGACCAAAAUAUUUUCUCUGAACUGUGUUGCGUCCGUAUGCCCGUGUGCUGACCCCAGAACAUUCUGGAUGAGGAGGUGCUGAUAGGCACUUCACCCUGCUGAUGCUUAGGUGUUUCUCUGUGCUUUGCACUUCAGUUAUUAUGAAAAAACAUGCUCACUGAGUGUGGAUGGAGACUGAAGUGCACUUCCCAAAUGAGCGCCACAUUUGCCUGCAGUGGAGCAAGGUGACAGGGGGUGAUGUUUCAGCUCUACCUGAAUUAUUGAUUCACUGCCUGAGGAUAGUGGAGGGGUUAUACAGAGACACUUGGAGGGCAUCUCAGGAGGAAUUUUGCAGCCUUAUCUGACAGACAUUCAUGUUUGUCCUAAAAAUAUCAGGGAAACCCUCACAGGGAAGAAGUGGCAAUAUUUUAUUAGUUGACAUAUUGAGAUUUUGUCAGAAAGAGAAGAGACAGAUUUUUCUGCUCUCUAAAUCCUGUACAUUUAUGCAGUAUCUAAAAGUUAAUUUAAUAAAUUAAGACCUUACAAUUAGGUCCUGUUACAUUUUGACUUUCAUGUAAAGAGCAGACUUGUUUGUGUUGUCUGAGGAACUGGCAGAACUGUUGGUGCUUCAGUUUUGGAGCUGCCCUGGGAGCCCAUAUGAAGAAGAUGGCUUCAGGCCUUGGCAUUUGCAUUGGUUGUAAGGAACAGUGAGGGCAGAAGAGGUCCAGGUGAAUAAAAUGAUGGUCAGACCCAUGCCAGCUGUGGGAAGAGCUUGUGUCCACAGCUAGCCUGAUGCCAGAGCAAAUUCUCAGCCCCUGAAACUACCGUAAAUUCAAGGCAAGAUUUUUACUUCUAAAACCAUUUUACAGGACUGCAUUCUGCACUGGAGCUUCAGGGUCCCCAUGGAAAGCUGAAAAGGCUGCUGCUGGUCUCAUGCUUCUGCGGGGAGUGUGACACUGAAUGCUGCACACGACUCUCAGCAAUGAAGGGAGUUGUUGAGUAGUGAGCAAUGGAGGUGUGCAGCACACAAGCAAUGGCUGACGUGGUACUAGAGCUGCUUGCUUUUAGGUUGAUGGAGCAGAUGCUAAUUCAGAAUAGAUAUUUGUUAUUAAUUCCAUGGUGCUUCACAAGCCCAUCAGGCUCCAUUGUUGUGGUAGAAAACGGAACAAGUGAGUUCUGGCACGCGAAAUAAAUCUUGUCAAAUCAUCUGGCUGCCUUAGUCUGGGUUUUGUCUCUGAUAAAGUUAGCUGUAUUUAAGGAAGUUUCAAUAGCUGCAGUGCACAGCUAUGGUGAGAAGUAUGUGAGAGUGCUAUGUCCAUCGCUCCAUGCAGCCUUUGCUUGAAUGCAGUUACUGAGUAGCUAAGAAGAAACAGCCUCAGCCUUCUGCCCAAGCCAGAGCAGCCUUUUUAAUGAGGGAAAGUAUUUUUUCCCAUGUAGACAAUAAGAAUGAAAUGCAGAGAAUGGCAUUAUGGCCACUUUGCUGAGGGAGAGCUGGCAGAUCUUUUGGUGACCCUAAUAUCAGACAGAGGGAAGAUGGGUGAUUUCUCCUCUGUGCUUUCACAUGUGGCUUAGGUGUAAUCUGUAGCACCUAAAGGGAACAGCUUGUGUUCUCCUGUAGACAGUGGUGAGAAUGAUGUGCAUCCAGGAGGUAAUCCACUGUCCUUGGCUUCUGUGAUAGGAGUAACUCCUCUUCUUCACCAGAGAUGAUAACCAUCAAAGACUGGAGUAGAAAGUAGGGUACAAUCCUGGCUCCAGCACUGCUGGCAGGUUUUGAGGAUUUUGUACCUGUGCUUUACUGGCUGGGUGACUGCUCCUUCUGUCACACCUUUAGCCCAGAGCUGCCUACCUCAUGGGAACUCCUAUGCAUGUAGGGAGUUACUGUGGCUCAGUCUAGUUUCCUAAAGGCCAGUGUCCCCACUGUAAAAGUUGCCAUCACAACUGUUCUUCUGUUCUUAGCACAAUGAGGACUCUGAGCUGGUGUUUAAGCACUGUGGUGGUAAACAUGAUUAACACUAAUUGGCACUAGUUGGCAGCCUUUGUGAAGGAGCUUGGAGAGAGCUCAUGGGGACAGAGGCUAUUGUGUAGUCCGCAAGCUCAGAGACUGCUGUUGGUUGUCUGAAGAAGAUGGGCUGUGUGCUUGAUGGUUUGAUAGCCAGCAGGAAAUCUUGUGGGAGCAGAGCCAGGUUUCACCCUUAGGCUGCUGCCCCUCUUCCGAAACAACCUGAAGCUCUUUCCUCCCCCUCAAAUGGAGGUAUGACAAGCAGCAGGAGUGGGUGGUCCCACAGCUAUACUGUGAGAGGACAUGGCUAUCCAGGGCAGUGGCCAGGCCACCACGAUACCCAGCUAACUGUCCCCAGGUAGUCCAGCAGUGUCACAUACCUCAGCACAGAGGGCUCAUCCCGGCCAUCAGCAGAUCCCAAAGCACAAGAGCAGGGAACCUGGUGUCACCAGAGCAGGGAAGCUGACUCCUGAUUCUCAUUUCUGUCACAGGGGAGUUUUAAGAAGUUUUGCCUGAGUAUGUGGUGAGUUUUGCCUCACAUUCCUGGCUUUCGUGUACAUCCUGGCCAUGUCUUAUCUCUGAGGCAGAAGGGAAUGAGUUGCUUGUCAUUUCCUGCGUAUCAACCACAUGGGCUCUGGUGGGUCCCUGGCUGGAGGUGGAAGGAAAACCAUGGGCCACUGUGCAGAACAGAGCUUCCCUGCAGCAGGAUGCGGCCAGGCUGGGGGCCCUGAUCCCCUAUGUGCAGGCUGCACUGCAGGGUGCUGGCUCCAUCGGCAGGACUUGUUCAUUGCCAGUGAACUGUGGGCCUGGGGGGUUGUUUUAUGGCUCAGUAAAGUGAACAGUGAGGGGCCAGCUUUUAUUCUGAGAAAUGCCUUGUGUUAAAACAAUAACAUGACUUGUUUUGUCAUAAUUUUUAAUAUUUGCCUGGUAUGAACUUCUCUGCCUAUGACUGUCUGAAGUUGUUCAUUUUUUUAUGUACCAAUGCUUUGUGUUAUAAAUCUGGAUUGUACCUUUGACUUAUCUGCCUUAAAGUGGGUCUGUGCCUUCUAGACAACCUCUGGGCCACCUCUCUGUACGAUCUGGGGGAUAUACUGGUUUUCCCACACAUUUUAUAAAUAUAUGGUCUUCCUACAAGUGC